AUGGACAUCCCACGCGCGGCAGUCAGCCGAUCUGGCACGAGACCAGUACCACAGCCUCAGGCUCGGGCUCCAUCCAGAGGCGAGGAAUGGAGAACAUGGCCGUCCGUGAGGGCGUUCAUUCCCAACCUGCCCCCAGGCACCACCACCUACGAUAUUCACAAGAACCUGCACCGCUUUGGCAAAGUCGACUUCAUCCGCAUCGAAGAAACCCGACAAGGCGCCUUUGCCCGAAGAGCCAACGUCGUUUUCAAACCCCCACCUCGUCGCAGACCCCCCUGGGAUUCCACCUACUACAGAAAUGGCAUCGAUUUCCUUCUACGGGAGGCCCACGGCGACCGCACCCGCACGCACCGCGUCACGGUACUGCUCGCCAAUAACCAGAACUCGGCCCGAUUUGUGGAAAGCCCGGUGAGCAAGGGCAUUAGAUAUAGUCCAGAGAUGACGAUGCUUGGGGAGUCCAUCGACUUCGGCUAUUUGGAACGCCCCAACUUGAUGGUGGUCAAGGCGACUAGGCGGGAUCCAGAGGCGGUCAAGCUGUUCCUGAAUCUCGACCGACUGGAAAUCGAGGUCCACUUCCCCGUCGUCAUGAAGUCCAAGGGCAAAUCCACCGCGCGCGACUACCGCUUCUAUGUUGCUCUUGACGAUCAGUUCGCCAUGUGUGAGAUUCCGGGCUCCCCCACAUCCCUGGUUUUUCACCUCAAGAACCCCCCCUGGUAUUCGCGCCAGUUGAAGGAGGCCAUGCAGAUGAGCCACGAUCCCAAGUCUCACAAGUGGACGGCCGAUGAUACCUGGUCUCGCCAGACCGAUAUCGUGGAUGACAAGGAAACCUACAGCCUGAUCGACAGCAGCCCUGUCUCCCUCCGGAAGCUUCACAACAGCAUUGACAUUGCGCGCUGGACCACGUUCCGGGUCACCGUCAAUCCCACAGCGCCGGUGCGAGAGUUUGUCAAAGCCUUCGAGGACUUCAACGUCCCUGUGACUCGGAAUCCGUCGUUUCAGGUUGUCAGAGGGCCACCGGAAGAAGCACCUCUUUGGAGCCUGCUUGACGGGUCCAACAACCAGUCGUCUCUGACCGAGCAGUUGUCCGCCAUCUAUCUUCCCUUUGAAUUACGGUAUCAACUUGAAGUCUGUAUCUCCCAGGGCUGGCUCAACGAAUACACCAUCGACAAGGCCUUUCUCCAGCGUCUCACGUCUCUACCACUGCAGCGGGCCAAGCAGAUGCUCAUCCAUGUCGACUCCUACCAACAGCGAGUUUAUGAUCCGAUGGCAAUCUUCACGGAUCUGCGAUACUCCAAACCGGUUCGGACUCGUGCUCUUCCUGCCAAUUGCAAUGAGAUCUACCAUGCGACAGUCACCGCGACAGGUAUACUCUUCCACACUCCUUCCGUGGAGCUCACCAACCGUAUCAUCCGCAAAUAUCAGCGCUACAACGAUCGCUUCCUCCGGGUCAGAUUUGAGGACGACUCCUAUCGUGGCAGGACGAGAUUGUACCCGGCCACGAACGGGAGGAUGAAACUCAUCUUUGAGAGGGUCCGACGGACCUUCAACCAGGGCAUCGUCAUGGGUGACCGUCACUAUGAGUUCCUGGCAUGGGGCAACUCGCAGCUGCGAGAGCACGGUGCCUAUUUCUUUGCAACUACCCACAACCCUCAUAUCAGCGCCGACACCAUUCGGAAGAGCAUGGGUGUCUUUGACCGCGAAAAGGUCGUAGCAAAGCGAGCCGCCCGAAAGGGUCAAUGCUUCUCCACGACCAAAGCUGUGUCGGUGGUCAACAAGCGGUCCUUCAACAAGGAUCCGGUACCAGACAUUCUCAAUGGCGGCUAUAACUUCACCGACGGCGUGGGUAAGAUAUCAGCUCUCACCGCACAGCUCGUCUACUCGGGGUUGAAGCUCAAGGGGCCCGUACCGUCAGCAUUUCAAUUUCGGCUUGGUGGCUGCAAAGGAGUGCUCGUCAUCGACCCGACGUUAAGCGCCAUUGAUAUCAAGAUCCGACCGAGUCAAUACAAGUUCGAGUGCGAAUCAGAUGAGUUGGAGAUCAUCCGUGUAUCGGAGUUUUGGCAGCCUUUCCUCAACCGCCAACUGAUCCUGGUCCUGUCCGAUCUCGGCGUGCCGGACCAGGUGUUCUUGCGGAAGCAGGAGGACUGUAUCGAGGCUCUCGAUCGCGCCAUGGUUGAUGAUACAGCUGCAUUGCGUGCGCUGCGUGAGAAUGUGGAUCCUAACCUCGCCACCCUCGGCAUUGCCGCCAUGAUUGAAGACGGGUUCCGGCAAACCAACGAGAUCUUUGCCACCUCUCUCUUGCGGCUGUACCGGGCGUGGACUCUCAAAUAUCUUAAGGAGAAAGCCAAGAUCCCGGUACCUCAAGGAGCAUUCGUGCUGGGUGUGGUAGACGAGACCCGCACGUUGCGGGGAUACAAGGUCGAUCUCAAACCGCCCAAGGAUGCCACACGAGAGGAAAAAGAGGCCUGCUUGCCGCAGAUUUUUAUUCAAUACACCGAUCAACACACUGGGCAGCGUCGAGUCUUGGAAGGCGUCUGCAUCAUCGCUCGAAACCCGUCUUUGCACCGGGGAGAUAUCCGGGUGGUUAAGGCGGUCGAUGUGGACAAGUUGCAUCAUUUGUGCGACGUCGUCGUCAUGCCGUCUACCGGUGACCGCGACCUCCCCAGCAUGUGUUCGGGCGGUGAUCUGGACGGUGAUGAUUACGUGGUCAUCUGGGAUCCCGACUUGAUUCCUUCAGAAUGGCAUGCAGAACCCUUCAGUUACGACGCGCCCGACCCGGUGACAAAGGAGCAAAUUACGACAGGAGACAUAGUCAACUUCUUCUGUGACUACAUGCAGAAUGACUUUCUCGGAAGAAUUGCCCAUGCUCACCUUGCAGCCGCGGACUUUCUCGAUGACGGGAUCAGAAGUCAGCCGUGUCUCGAGCUGGUCAAUCUGCACUCCAAGGCUGUCGAUUAUCCAAAGACGGGGGUGCCGUCCGAGAUGCCGCGCGAGCUCGAGCGCAACAAAUGGCCGCAUUUCAUGGAAAAGAAGAGAUCGCCACAAUACAGAUCGUACAAGAUCUUGGGACAGUUGUACGACGCCGUUGAGCGGGUGGCCUUCGAGCCAAACUGGGAGGGCCAGUUCGAUCAACGCAUCCUAAUCCACCCUCCUCCGAAGGGGGAGGUGAUGGACGUGGUCCGCAAGCUGAAGAAGAGCUACGAUGAAGGUAUGAGACGCAUCAUGGCCCAGCACCAAAUCAACACGGAAUUUGAAGUUUGGUCGACCUUUGUGCUUCAUCAUAGUAAAGCAGCCCGCGACUUCAAGUUCCACGAGGAAAUCGGCCAGCAUGCAAGGACGCUCAAAGAGCAGUAUUAUGAAGUACUCGUGGAGGAGGCCGGAGGACGUGAGUUUGAAAAUCUCAUGCCCGUGGCCGUGGCUGCCUACCACAUCACGUAUGAUGAAGUCGGCCAGGCUCAAGAGAACAUGUCCGGCUCGUCCGAGGCAGACGAGCUCUUGUCCGAUUAUGGCGGUUCACAUCACUCUGCCGACUCGCACUCGCAUCCGGUAAAAAUGCCCUUCAUCAGCUUUCCCUGGGUUCUUCAAGACGUCCUUGGAAAGAUAGCCAGGAACACGGUCCUCGGACACGGUCAAACUGGGCCCCGGUCCAUCGGAGGAGAUAUGAAGUCUAAUCUUCCCCAACAAUCAUUGAUCGACGACCUGGACGACGCUUUGGAUAUGUACGACAGAAGCCAUAUCAAUGGUAGCUUCAUGUAUCUUGGCGAGCAUCUGCCUGAUCCGUAUAUGCCGGUGACGACCAGCCUCGAUGAUGGCGAUGCGAAGCAAGACGACCUGCUCCUCGCCGAUGAGACCAAAGAGAAGGCGGCGACGACAUUCACAGCAGGAGAGCCAACAACCCAACAGCAUUCCCCUUUGAGUGCUCUCCUGCCUCUCAGACCCAUCAAAGCCGCGGCGGUCAAGGUGUGCGACGGUCCCUCGGCUUCUGAAAAGAGCUCCGUCAUCUCUUCUGGCAUCAACUCCUUGUUCUCGAGCACCGAGAGCUCCUCCGCGACUCCGGACCAUGUCUACCCACCUGUCCCAGUCCUCUCUCGCAGCAAGGACAUGUCUUCCAUAUCCGCAGCUUCCGGUUCACUGGCACCUAGUCAUUCACCAGCAGCCGAACGUCUCGGGGCCGCCGACGUCUCGAACCAAGCGGGCAUUGCAAAUCUAGAGUUUGACGAUCCAGCGUACCAUGUCGAAGGUGACCUUCUGGACAAUGACGAUGAUGAUGACGACUACACGUACUGA